AUGGCAGACGCAGGCAAGAAGGUCCAGCAGAUGAUUAACGACAAUGCUGUCGUUGUCUUCUCCAAAUCGUACUGUCCCUACUGCAAGGCCACGAAGCAGACGCUGAACAACCUCAACGUCGACUACGCCCUGCUGGAGCUCGACAACGACCCCGAUGGCAGCGCCCUCCAGGAGGCCCUCGAGGAAAUCUCGGGCCAGCGCACCGUCCCCAACGUCUUCAUCCAGCAGAAGCACAUUGGCGGCAACUCGGACCUCCAGGAACUCUUCAAGUCGGGCAAGCUGAUUGAGCUGGUCAAAUCGGCCGGUGCCCUCAAGGCGUAA